CUGGUCUCGCGCGACAUCGCGCGAGGGCUGGAACGCCGUGAUGUUGUGAUGCUGUGACGCUGUCAUUUGAUUUGAUGCUCGUCGUCGUGCCAACUCCUAAUGCGGAAGCCAAUCCCACGUGGGAUAUGGGUGGCAGCCAACAAGGUUCUUGAUCUUCACUUAAGAUAAGAGGUAGGAGAAGAGUGUGUUUUCGUCUUGCUCCUCUGCACCACCACCUCGAUCUCUCCAUCACCAACCGCCAAUCUUGUUGUCCCUACUGAAAUCCCAAAUCGUCGCUCAUCCCAGUUCUCUUUCUAGCUAGCCGCGGCGAUUUGAUUGCCCAUCAUGGACGAGGAGCAGAAAACGACCGCCGAGAACCACACGAUGAUGCAGGGCUUUGAGUGGUAUGUGCCUGCUGACCAGAAGCACUGGGUGCGACUGGAGAAGCAGAUCCCACAGCUCAAACGAUAUGGCGUUGAUAACAUCUGGAUCCCCCCCGCAUGCAAAGGCUCGUCCAAGACGGGAAAUGGUUAUGAUAUCUAUGAUCUCUACGACCUGGGCGAAUUCGAUCAGAAAGGCUCCGUCGCAACGAAAUGGGGAACCAAAGAAGAGCUUCUGAAGCUCGCCCACACCGCCAAGAGCAACGGCGUUGGCCUGUACUGGGACGCAGUCCUCAACCACAAGUUCGCGGCCGAUCGCAAGGAGAAGUGUCAGGCUGCCGAGGUGGACCCCGAAGACCGCACCAAGUUCGUCAGCGACAAGUACGAGAUCGAUGCCUGGGUCGGCUAUGACUUCCCCGGCCGCAAGGGCAAGUACAGCGACAUGAAGUAUCACUGGUACCAUUUCAGCGGUGUCGACUACAAUGCCAGGAACGAAAAGACUGCCAUCUACAAGAUCUUGGGUGAGAAGGGCGACCAGGAAUGGGCUGAGAGUGUCGACGAUGAAAAGGGCAACUACGACUUCUUGAUGGGUUCCGAUCUCGACUACGAUCAUCCAGAGGUCGUGAAAGACGUGUUGAACUGGGGAAAAUGGCUGGCCAACGAGGUGCCACUCAAGGGAAUCCGGUUCGACGCAGUGAAGCACUACAGCGAGGACUUCUUGCGCCAAUUCAUCACCGAGCUGGAUAAGGACUACGGCAAGGGGUGGUUCUUUGUGGGCGAAUUCUGGAAAGACAGCCUCGAUGACAUGUCCGAGUACCUGGCGCGGAUGGGCAGGCGCUUCACCCUCUUCGACGUCCCACUCGUCUACAACUUCAGCAAGAUCAGCCGAGGCAACGGCGCGGAUAUGAGAAAGGUUUUCGACGGAACUCUUGUCCAGAAGGAGCCUAUGAACGCUGUGACUUUGGUCAUGAAUCAUGAUAGCCAGCCAACUCAGUCUCUCGAGGUUCCCAUAGAGGGCUGGUUCAAGCCAAUCGCGUACGCUCUGAUCCUUCUCCGCGGCGAAGGAUACCCCUGCGUCUGGUAUGGCGAUUUCUACGGGAUCAAGGGAGAGCAGCCUUUCCCACCGUCAUGUGGUGGCGCUCUGCACAAGAUUACACUUGCGAGAAAGCUGUAUGCCUACGGCAAACAGGCGGACUACUUUGACUACCCGACUUGUCUCGGCUGGGUCAAAUACGGCACCUGGGACCGACGCUUCGGUUGUGCUGUUGUGGCCAGCAACGCCGGCCCCGGGUCAAAGCGUAUGCACGUCGGCGAGAUGCAUGCCGGCGAGGUGUGGACCGAUGUCCUCGGCUGGAACGAUCGCGAGGUUACCAUUGGGGAUGACGGGUUCGGCGAGUUCGUGUGCUCCGGCACGUCCGUGAGCAUUUUCGUCAACCGGGAGGCGGAAGGCAGAGAUAGGUUCAACGAGGAAUUUGAUUCCAACAUCUACGAGGAGUAGGUACGAGUUCAAGGUUCUCAGUCAGCUGCUUUAUCAAACUCACAGGAGUUUUCCCCAUCGAGAUGAGCGGUAUCCGGGGGUUGGGCAUCAUCAACUUCCAUCGGCGAUUCUACGGAGUAGGGUUUGACGAUGUAGGUUGGUCAACAAAACCAAAGCGUGCCUGAGGAUCGAGCUAUUGUUCAGAACGACACAGCAAAGUCCCUUCAUCAGAUUGUCGUUGGGAGAUUGUCUGAAGACUGGAAAUAUUUUACACUGCCAGGUCGUUUGGGUCCCUAGCGUUGGCUGUAAAAACAGCUCGGCCCUCAGCAACCUCGGAGUCAACAACGCCGACACUGGCAAAAGCAAAGACUUUUUUCCGAUUUAAUCAUCACAGCAUUGCGUCUCGAUGUUCUUGAUGUUAGUUUGGUAUUUGGUGAUACUUACUCCCGAUUCGAGACGACCGGGCCGGAACGAAGUGGACCCGGAGGGCCCGGCCCGGUUCGGACCCCAGCGGUAUUGCAACGGACUUGUACAUUUGGGGUAAUCAUCCGACAUGCUGUGCAGAUGCCUGCGUGUGCCUGAACGGACCUAACUCUUUUUGGACAGCGUUUGGGGUCGAAUACAUUGUAGCGGAAGAUCGAUUUCUAAGACGCCGCGAUAGACACGUUAUC